AGGCGUCUAACAAACGGCUAAGACGGAUAUGAUACAUACGACAGCAACUCAGAUAGUUUUGCUGUAAAGAAAUGUCAAAGGCGGACGUUUUGAGUAACUAUGGAAAUGCCAUGCCAUCGUACUCUUUCAUGGGGGCACCUCCUAGCGGGGCGACUGCAUUAAUGGAACACUGUUACAUGGAUGGGCAAGGUCAACAUAAGAUACCAAGGAAAAUAUCAACAGUCAGUUUGAACAGAGAACUACCUAACGGGAUAACAAAACCAAAGGAACCAAAUUAUCAAAAUGGACAUGCCCAUCAUGAAACACCGAGAGAUGAGCCAUUGUUCACGUUGACCACGGAACCGCCUAAGGAAACAAAUGAUCAACAUGGAGAUGUUCAGCUUGUAGCACUGAGAGGUGGCGCCGAAGACCCUUUAAUUACAGUAGUCAAUGCUGGUAUAGAAGCAUACAAAGGUGUCAUUUUCAGAAAAGGAGGAUAUGACAACGAAACAGAUGAGCCAUUGCUGAAGUUUACCAGAGAACCACCAAAGGAAAUAAAAGAUCAACAUGGACAUGUUCAAUUUGUAACACUGAGUCAAGACGACAAUCACACGCCAAAUGGAGCAACCCACUUUCCUGAAGAUAGACGGUGCUCUUCUGAUGAUAACCAUAGAAAACAUAACAAUAAUUAUACCACCAAAUGGUCCCGAGUGAAAAACUGUUUGAAAAAACCAAUUACCUCAACUGUGAUUUCAUUAUUGUCUAUCGGCUUGUGCAUUGUAAGCAUAGUGUUGGUAAUGACAAGUCCACCAAAUGAACAGCCCAGGAACUUGACUUGUGUUGAAUGCGCGGUGCUAAACAGGACCGAUAACUUCAGCACGACGCUGAGGCAAAUGCUGAAAACUGUAUACCAAGAUGGGAAAGAACUCUGCUGCGCCGAAAACAACCAACAGUUGUCUGCUUUGAUUAGCUUCACGGUGAAAGAACAAACUGCAAUGCCUACAAUUCCUGCUUUUGAGAAGAAUGUAAACAUCGCUCCCUACUCCAUAAGUAACGCAUCAAUGCACAUGAAACUUGUACCGUCACACUUUGAUGAGGAAAAAUAUUUCGACGUUCCUCAAUUUCACCCAACCAAUUUCGACUUGAACUUUGAACCCGAUGAGCACAACCCACUUUUGGAGCACCGCCGAAACGUCGAGGUCAACUCAGAGGGUGUCACCAUACAAUUGCCAGGCCUAUACCUGGUCUAUAGCAGCGUCCACUUCAAGCCGGACUCGGCUCUACCCUGCAAGUUGUACGAGAAACAGACCUGGAGUUUGAGCAUCUUGAGAACAAAGGGGGACAACCCCACGCCAGACACGAUUCUCACGGCAACUCAUACUUGUUGUGACGAGUGCACUAGGAACCAGGAAACUGGUUACACAGCUGGGGUGUUUGUUCUGAAUGCUGAUGACGUCAUCAAGGUGGACGUGUCAGGAGAAGGAUUGGUCAGCUACCGACCACAGUCCACUUACUUUGGUCUCACGAUGCUCGGAACACUUACCUAGCAGCUGACCAGACAACAACGAAAAUUAGCACUGAACUUUUAUUGUGUGUCAUUUUUAGAUGGUUAUACACUGUCCCCAUACCAUAAGAAUUUUUAAUUUAAAAAAACAAACUGGAUAGUUGUAUAAGAAAGAGAAAAAGCAAACUUUAAAAACAAAACCCACCACAACAUUGAUUCAUAAAACAAACAAAAAUGGAAUCAUGUAACUAUGAAUAUUUUAACAGCCAAAGAUAUAUUUUUGUUAUGAUUUUUAUGUUUAUAUAAGUUGUAUUUCUAAAGAAUUAAACUGUAAAUUUUGGGUAGCUACUCUUUUAUUAUACUUUAAUUAACAUUAGUUUGUUAGUUUUAUGCCGUAAUGCUGAUUAACAAAAUUAUUAUAUUAUUAUA